AAAGUUGUCACCUUGACGUCUAGUUGUUGUGAAAAAGUGAAUAAGCAGAAUUUUCAUCUCCGAUAAAAAUGGGUCAAAACCAGUCAGGAGCUGGUGGAGGUGGCGAUAAGAAGGAUGAUAAGGAUAAAAAGAAGAAGUACGAACCCCCAAUUCCCACAAGAGUGGGCAAGAAGAAGCGCAAGGCAAAGGGGCCAGAUGCAGCAAUGAAACUGCCCCAGGUGACUCCACACACUCGUUGUCGCCUGAAAUUGCUGAAGUUGGAGCGGAUAAAGGAUUACCUGCUGAUGGAGGAGGAAUUCAUUCGCAAUCAGGAGAGACUGAAGCCACAGGAUGAGAAGAAUGAGGAGGAACGCUCGAAGGUCGAUGAUCUCCGGGGAACGCCAAUGUCCGUGGGCACUCUGGAGGAAAUUAUCGAUGAUAAUCAUGCAAUUGUGUCCACAUCUGUUGGCAGUGAGCACUACGUGAGCAUUUUGUCCUUCGUGGACAAGGAUCAGCUGGAACCAGGAUGCUCAGUGCUGCUGAAUCACAAGGUUCAUGCCGUUGUGGGGGUCUUGAGCGAUGACACAGAUCCCAUGGUGACAGUGAUGAAGCUGGAGAAGGCUCCCCAGGAGACCUAUGCUGAUAUCGGUGGUCUGGAUACGCAAAUUCAGGAGAUUAAGGAAUCUGUUGAACUUCCACUGACUCAUCCGGAAUACUACGAAGAGAUGGGCAUUAAGCCACCCAAAGGUGUUAUCCUCUAUGGACCACCAGGAACAGGGAAAACUCUCCUGGCCAAGGCUGUGGCCAAUCAGACGUCUGCCACUUUCCUGCGUGUCGUCGGAUCAGAGCUGAUCCAGAAGUACCUGGGAGAUGGUCCCAAAUUGGUCAGGGAACUCUUCCGGGUGGCCGAAGAGCAUGCUCCAUCCAUUGUCUUCAUCGAUGAGAUUGAUGCCGUGGGCACAAAGCGGUACGAUUCGAAUUCCGGAGGCGAGAGGGAAAUCCAGAGAACGAUGCUGGAACUCCUCAAUCAACUGGAUGGUUUCGAUUCGCGUGGGGACGUGAAGGUCAUCAUGGCGACCAAUAGGAUUGAAACACUCGAUCCUGCCCUCAUUCGUCCGGGUCGUAUUGACCGGAAGAUUGAAUUUCCGCUUCCGGAUGAGAAGACAAAGAGGCGCAUCUUCAACAUUCACACCUCGCGCAUGACCCUGGCUGAAGAUGUCAAUCUCAAUGAGCUGAUUAUGGCCAAGGAUGAUCUCUCUGGAGCUGACAUCAAGGCCAUUUGCACUGAGGCUGGCCUCAUGGCGCUCCGGGAGCGAAGAAUGAAAGUAACUAAUGAGGAUUUCAAAAAGUCCAAGGAGAGUGUGCUCUACAGGAAGAAGGAAGGCACCCCAGAAGGACUGUAUCUCUAAUUAUAUUUUGCUUAUAAACAUCAAAUUAUAAUCAGCUUGAUUUUCUUACACAAUAAAAAUCAUUUCCCUGGA